GGUGUCCUUAAGAUGAGUGCCACAGUCAGGUGUGCGUUUCAGAAGGCCGGCCUUUGCCGAGUAGGGAGGAGGGCCCACAGAGACCCUCAGACCAGGGACAAUAGGGGAAUGAAGGCGGACCCAGGAAAUCGAUCCCCGAAAGCAAAGAGGAGUUUUUGGAAUGAAGGGCCGUCAGACUUCCCUGCCUUUACUCGGGCGGUUCCUUUCACUCUGAACGAAGGUCGUUUUUAUUUAUCUGUCUAUGGGAAUCCUGAUCGUGCACCUCGUCAAGGAAGCUCUCCUGGUUUCCCCAAUCACAGAUUAUUGCUCCCUCUCUCUCCCCCUCGGAACACACUUGUCGGGCCUGUGACUAUAAGGACAGUGAACGCAGGUUUGUGGAGCGGGUUCUUGGUAUUGCGGAGGGGCUGCAGAAGCCUCAAGGUCCCUGCGGAGGAGGCCCAAGAAGACAGAGGGGAAGCGGCUGUGCUAGCCCCUACCUGCCCCUGGCCUUUACCCGUUCUGUCCUGCUUUCCUGCCAAACCCGUCUUUCCCCGCCUACUCCCUUCCCAGUACAAAGUCCAGGCCUGGGCGAGACACUCAAUCGUCGACGGCUGGAUGCGUCCCUGCGCAGCCUCCUGGUGAAAAGCAGCAUGUCCGUCGGUAGUGCAAAAAAGACCUGUGAGCCCACGAUGCAGCUGGACCGACUUCGCAAGCGGCUGAGAGCCGUGGCCUUCGGGGUCCUGCUUCUCCUUGUCCCGGGCCAGGGUGAGGCUCCGACGCGGGGCGGCAGGUACCGGGGCCAGGACUCUGCCAGCCCCGUGCGGACCACGCACACGGGCCAGGUGCGGGGGAGCCUCGUCCAUGUGAAGAACACUGAUGUGGGGAUCCACACCUUCUUGGGAAUUCCCUUCGCCAAGCCACCUCUAGGGCUGUUGCGGUUUGCGCCCCCGGAGCCCCCGGAAUCUUGGAGUGGUAUAAAGGAUGGGACCUCCCACCCAGCCAAGUGUCUGCAGGACUUCGCUAGCGUGAAAAGAAUGACUCUGAAACUACUGAAUGUGACCCUGCCUUCUACCUCCAUGUCUGAAGACUGCCUGUACCUCAACAUCUACACACCUGCGCAUUCCCAUGAGGGCUCUAAGCUGCCUGUGAUGGUGUGGAUCCACGGUGGUGGCUUUGUCAUGGGCAUGGCUUCCACGUAUGACGGCUCUGCUCUGGCGGCCUUCGAGGACGUGGUGGUGGUCGUUAUCCAGUACCGCCUGGGUUUGCUGGGCUUCUUCAGCACUGGAGACAAGCACGCAACUGGCAACUGGGGCUACCUGGAUCAAGUGGCCGCACUACGCUGGGUCCAGCAGAAUAUCAUCUACUUUGGAGGCGACCCUGACCAUGUCACCAUUUUUGGCGCGUCUGCGGGUGGCAUGAGCGUGUCUUUGCAUGUUGUGUCCCCCAUGUCCAAAGGACUCUUCCACUGUGCCAUCAUGGAGAGUGGCGUGGCCCUGGUGCCCGGCUUCACCACCAACUCAUCUGACGUGGUCUCCACAGUGGUGGCCAACCUGUCUGCCUGUGGCCAGGUUGACUCAGAGGCCCUGGUGGACUGCCUGCGGCACAAGAGUGAAGAGGAGAUUCUGGCCAUCAGCAAGCCCUUCAGCAUCAUCCCUGGCCUGGUGGACGGGAUCUUCCUGCCCAAGCACCCCCAAGAGCUGCUGGCCUCUGCCGACUUGCACCCUGUCCCCAGCAUCAUUGGUGUAAACAGCGAUGAGUACAGUUGGAUCCUCCCCUCGUUCAUGAACAAUUCUGACGCCCAGAAGGAAAUGGACAGAGAGACCAUAAAGGAUGACUUGCAGAAAAUAUCAAAAAUGAUGAUGAUGCCGCCUGAGUUUGGUGACCUGUUGAUGGAGGAGUACAUAGGGGACAGUGAGGACCCCCAGACCCUCCGAAUCCAGUUCCAUGAGAUCCUGGGGGACUGCAUCUUCGUGAUCCCUGCACUCCAAGUAGCAAAGUUGCAGUGUUCCUAUGCCCCUGUCUACUUCUACGAGUUCCAGCAUCAGCCGAGCUUCUUCAGGGAUUUCAGGCCGAGCUAUGUGAGGGCAGACCAUGGAGAUGAGGUUCACUUCAUCUUCAGAAGUCCUUUCGGGAGCAGCCACAUCCAACUCACUGAGGAGGAGGAGCUGCUGAGCAGGAAGAUGAUGAAGUAUUGGGCCAACUUUGCUCGAAAUGGGAACCCCAACGGCGAGGGUCUGCCCCACUGGCCUGUGUUCAACCAGGAGGAGCAGUACAUGCAGCUGAACACGCAGCCUGCAGUGGGCCGAGCCCUGAAGGCCCACAGGCUGCAGUUCUGGACGAAGAUCCUACCCCAGAAGAUACGGGAGCUAAUGGAGGCCAAGGAGAAGCACACAGAACUUCUCCCUCUUUCUCAUGAGGCCCUGAAUGUACCUAUGUGUCAAGGUUAUGGGAGAGGGAACAGCCCCACCAGGGAGGCUUCCAAAGAGGAUUCAGGAAGCUGCACUGGUUAUUUCUGGCAGAAGUUUGAUCCUCAGGCUCUCCAACUCGAGGUGCCAGCUGGAACCCCAGGAGAGGAUCUGGCACCUAGUCCAGGCAUGACCCUCACCCUGUCCCUCAUUGAAUCAGCACAUCCAACUGUUGGAAUCAGCAAAUAUUUGCCAGCGCCUCAUAGUCUCCACCCAUCCCCCACCUCCCACUCCCGGCCAGCCGUGUUCCUGACACUGAGGCCCAGAGGGUUGCUGUAUUAUUUUGCCAGAGUUGCCAUAACAAAGGACCACAGUCUGGGUGACUUAAACAAGAGAAGUUAAUUGUCUCACAAUCCUAGAGGCUACAAGUCUGAAAUCAAGGUGUUAGCAGGGUUGGUUCCUUCUGAGUGCUGUGUGAGAGAGUCCAUGCCUCUUUCCUAGUUUCUGGUAGCCUCACACAUUCCUUGGCUUAUAGAUGGCAUUCUCCCUCUGGCUUCACAUUGUCUUCCCUCUGACCCGUCUGUCUCUGUGUCCAAUUUCCCCCUUUUACAAGGACACCAGGCAUAUUAGACUAGGGCCCACCUCUGUAAUCAUCUUAAUUUGACUAACGGCCUUAUCUUUAAAUAAGGUCACAUUCUGAGGUACUGGGGGUUAUGACUCCACGUAUAUUUUACGUGGAGACACAUAUCAAUCCAUAAUAAUUGUUUGGCUAUUCUGGGUCCCUUGCAUUUCCAAGUGAAUUAUGAUCGGCUUGUUCAUUUCUGGAAAAAAAAAAAAAAGCAGCUGAGAUUCUCAUAGGAAUCACACUGAAUGUAUAGAUCAGUUUGGGAAGUAUUACCAUUUUAACAAUAUUAAGUCUUCUAACCCAUGAACAUGGAACAUCUUUCCAUUUAGUUAGGUCUUCUUUAAUUUCUCUCAAUUAUGUUUUCUAGUUUUUAAUGUACAGUCUUGAACUUCCCUUAUUAAAUUUAUUCCUAAGUAUUCUAUUCUUUUUGAUGCUAUUGUAAAUGGAAUGGUUUUCUUAAUAUCAUCUUCAGAUUGUUCAUUGCUAGUGUAUAGAAACACAAUUGGUUUUUGGGUUUUUUUUGUUUGUUUUUUUUUGCGGUACGCGGGCAUCUCACUGUUGUGGCCUCUCCCGCUGUAGAGCACAGGCUCCGGACGCGCAGGCUCAGAGGCCGUGGCUCACGGGCCCAGCCGCUCCGCGGCAUGUGGGAGCUUCCCAGACUGGGGCACGAACCCAUGUCCCCUGCAUUGGCAGGCAGACCCUCAACCACUGCGCCACCAGGGAAGCCCUAGACUGCCCCUUAAUGAGCACAUACUCUCUGCCAGGAACUGUGUUGUGCUGAGCACUGGGACAGGCAUUCAUCUCCUUUGAUCCUCAUUACAACCCUGUGAAGUAGGGACUUUCAUUAUCCUUAUUUUACAGAUGAGGAAACUGAGGCUCCAGGUCUCAUGAUGGGUAAAGGGCAGAGGCAGAGCUUGAGCCAGUUGUCUGAUCCCAGAGCUUCAGCUAUUAAGAUUGCAUUGUCAGAUGUGAAACCAGGUGGACCUGGGGUCAAAUCCCAACCCUAGCUACUUGUCCACAGUUAUCCUAACCCCUCUGAGCCCAUUUCUUCACCUGUAAAUGGGGAUGAUACAUCCCACCCAUGUGAGCUGUUUAAGAAGGAUACUGGAUGCUGCAUUUGAAGAGUCUACCAAGGAGGUGGUAUCCAGGAGGUGCUCAAUCUAUGUUCAUUUCCCUUCUUUGAGACCCCCCAGAGCCCUCCUCAUUCACACAACCUCAUCACUGCUCUCUGGAGCCAUGGGGAGUGCCCAUGAUUUGUUCUCUCACUAACUUCCUGGUUAACUUCAACUGAGCACGUGCUCCAGGCCAGAAUGCUGUGCUUCACAUAGGCUGCCAAACAACCUUCCAGGGAGGAGCUACCUUUCAGAGAGGCUCAGCAACCUGUCUGAGGUUACACAGCCAAGCAGUGAUUGCAGAGCUAGCAUUUUACUCCAGAUCUGACCUUAUCCCUCCCAGACACCAUCUAGAACCCCCAAGGGCAGCAAGUGGCUAGCUCCUGGCACAUAAGCCCUGGGACAUGAGGCAGGCCAGGCAGGAGGGUGUGGAGCCUCUUGGGAGGGUCUGCUGUGGCUGUGGGACCUGAGCAGGCCUCUUGCCCCAGGAUGUGCCCGCUGAGGUGAUGCCACCAUUAUAGAUGAAUACCUACACAGCAGCUCAGAUGGACAAGCCAAAUGAGAAGCCUUCCAGGAAUUGAUAAGCAACGUUGUCAUGAACAUUGAAUUUUUCCAGAAACCUCCAAGAUUCUGGGGUCUCCAUCUUUUUCUAUGAGUUCCAGCAUCGACCCAGUUCUUUUGCGAAGAUCAAGCCGGCCUGGGUGCGGGCUGAUCAUGGGGCUGAGAAGACCUUCAUCUUCGGGGGUCCUUUCCUCAUGGAUGAGAGCUCCAUGCUGGGUGAGGAUGAACAGACACAAGAUCCUUAGGCUGCCGGCUCCACCAGGAAGCCACAGGGGAGGAGCAGGAGCUGAGCCUCACCAUGAUGGCCCAGUGGACCCACUUCUCCUGGACAGGGUGAGUAAGCAAAGAGGCAUGCCUGGCUUUCGGCCUAGACUACUCAGAUCUGCCUCCCAGGGAGCAAUACAGGAGACCUUUGUCUUCAUUCAUUCCUCCCAGCCAGGGAUCCCAAUGGCAAGGGGCUGCCUCCUUGGCCCCCAUUCAACUGUCCAGCGCAAUACCUGGAAAUCAGCCUGGUGCCACGGGUCAGCCAGAAGCUAAGGAAGGCCCGACAGCAGUUCUGGGCAGAGACACUUCCCACCAAGAUCGGGCAGUGGCAGCAGAAGCAGAAGGGCAGGAAGGCCCAGGGGGAGCUCGGAGGCAGGUCCUGGGUCUUCUGGGCUGGGGGCCAACCCGAGGGGUGGCCACGUCCCAACAAAGCAGCCUCCUUUACCCCUGCUGAGAGACUUUAACCCAAACCAGGCUGAUGGGUGGUCAUGUCCCUUAAAGCAUCAGCCCCUCCAUGACUCCUUUGACAUAUCACCUACUUCCCAUCUACGGGGCCUUUGCCCAAACUUCUCCUUCUUCCCACUUGCUUCAUGGCGAGGUCCAGCUCAUACCUCAAGCUCCCCAGAGGACCCUCCUCCUCUAGGAAGUCUUCCCUGUCUUCUCUGGUCCUGGCCCUAUCUGUGUCCAUUACAGCAUAGCCCACUCUAAGCUAGCAUUGUCAGUGUCAGUGUUUCUGUCCUCCUCUGAGAAGCUCUCUGAGUGAGGAAAUCAGCCUGACCCCACUCUGCAUCUCCCAUAGUAGGAUCAGUCAGGACUUGGAAUCAGAGGAUGCUUGGUGAGUGAGUGAAAGACUGAGAAAGUGUGAGAACGGUGACUGCUGGACUUGAACCCAGGCCCUUUAGGCACCACAGCUCCGCUUAGUUCUGCACAGGUGUUGUCCUCCCUGACCAGAAGAGUGGGCGGACUCCGACGGCAGAGACCUGGAGUCAGAGGAGUCCUGAGGCAUAAGGGGAUCCAGCCGAGAACAGAUCUCAGGCCCCACAGGCCUCUGACUAGGGCUGAGGGAAGUCCCUUUGUCCGUGCUGCCCAGUCUUGGCCCUUGUACAAGGCAGAGCAGAGUCCAGCAGGGCCAGAGCCCUUACCCUUGGAUGUGAGAUGCAAGCUUCCCAGCGCCAGCACCUCACCCCUUUAUGGCCUGCCUGGGCUCUUUCCUCCCGCUCCAGCUAGGGAAGAUCACCUUCUGGGCUGCUUGGCACAGGUCGCGGAGCACCCACCGGGACACAGGAGAACAGGUUGGGGGAGGCAUCUGGACUAGUGCAUCAGUCACGCUGUUGUCACGAGGUAGACGAGGUCUACCCACUCAGGCUACAACAGGUAAAAAGCAGCCAGAGGUUUUUGAGUAGGGGGGCACACAUUUCUUUUUUUGAGGAUCAAUGCACCGUUCCCUUGAAAAAUCUGGAUUUUAAUACAUAUCACAAUGACUUCCCCUGCCCCCGCUGAAUCCCAUCCUGCCCACUCUGGUCCCACACGUACCCUUCCUCAGUCUGACUAAGUUCCUGCCUGCUGACGGUUACAUGAAAAACACUUGCAGGUGCCUUGCAUACCAAGGAGCCUCUAGUGGUUACCAAAUAUGGGACCCUCCAAGAAAACAGCGCUGGGCCCCAACUCACAUCGUGCCCACAGGUGCCUUCAGGAGUCCUGGGGGCAGAUCACCUCCAUGUACUUCAACACACACAAAAAAUACAAGUGGCUGCAUUUCAGUGAGGACUGUCUGUACCUGAAUGUGUACGUGCCAGUAGGAGCGCUCGGGGACCCUCUGCUGCCUCACAGGCGAUAGCCAGCCCGUGGGAACUGGGCGCCGCUGGACCAGGUUGCAGCUCUGCGCUGGGUGCCGAAGAACAUCACAGCCUUCGGCGGAGACCCAGGUUGGGUGACCUUGUUUGGCCAGUCAUCAGGGGCCACGUGCAUCUCGGGACUGAGGGAGAGCAGCUGAGCGGAAGCCAGUCAGGCUGCAGCAGCUGCGAGGAUCAUAAAGGACUUUGGGAAACUCUAGGACCUUCUCUAGGAAUUCAAGCAAGAACUCCGGUAGGCAGCCUGGAUGGUGAGCUGGGCCCCUGCCUCCCAUCGUCCCUGCCUCAUACCCUCCCCAUCCGCCCCGGAGGGUACCUCUCUUCCUGUCUGCUCCUCGCGGAUGGCGCUCCUGAAUGAGGGGGUUGGAGAGGGCUACCCACUGCCCUGUCUCCACCCUGUCUUCAUGCCUUCGCUGGGAUCCCCCGAUGGCCACCCAGAGUCCUUCCUAAAUCCCCUGCCAGACCCUACCCCACAGGGAGCGGUUCUCAGAACUGAUUAGAUCUUGGUGAAGACCCCAGGACAAUUCUGUGGCUUUUCUCCAAGUUUACCUCGGCUCGCCCGGGCCACUCUGAACACGGAGGCGCACCGCUGCAAAGCUGGCCUAGGAACCGGGCGCGCACUCGCGUCUCCUGCGGGCCCCUGCGGCUCAGCUCGCCCCUUCCUCUCCUCCAACACCCCGAGAUCCCCACCCACUGAAGCAGCAAUCACCGGCCGUGGCGGCUGGGGAAGGGCCAAUUAGUGCGGGAGACGCAGCCCCUCGGCUGUGCCCGCGCUGACCGCAGCCCCGCAGCGCCGCCGCCGCCGCCGCCUUCCCUGCCCGGCAGACAGCGCCAGCCGCCUGGGAGCCCCGGGGGACGCGCCGUCCGGCCUCCAGCCAACUGCAGUGAUGGAUCCAGGCGCCUGGCGUGGGGCCAGAGCCCGGGCGGACGCGAGGGCGCCGGGAGCUGCAACUCGCCACCGCUGGGUGGUGGGGGCUUUGGGAGACCCAAGAGGCAUCAGGCUUGCCCUCCAGGAGCUCUCAGGCUGUGGGCAGAAGCUCCAGGGGCUUGGCUGGGAUCCCAAGCUAAUGGAAACUCUGCGGUCCAGGGAGGCUUUAGGACGGCUAAAAGAGGAACCGGGCCCAGAGCUGGAGGACCAGUCCUGUAAGCCUGGGAGAGAGCACGGCCUCUACCCUGAGGUGGGCCCCUGGCUCAGAGCUGUCCCACCCAGCCCAGCCUGGGAACUCAUGUGAACCCUCCGCGGGGCCUGGGGUAUCUCUGCCCCAACCAAGUGGGACCAGGAAAAGCCCCAAGAGGGAGUCCAGUCCAAGGUCUGGUUUCCACUCUCCAGUGCACUGGGAGCAAUCUCUGGGGUAGGACACUGCUCCAGCCCCGGGCCCUCCCAGCUAUGGUCCAGGACUCCUGUCUACUCCCAGCCUGUUCAGCCGUAGGUGCUAUGGAGGAGCACGCCUGUGGCUUCACCAAGGAGUCACUGGGUGACCAUUACGUAUCUUCUACUGUGAAGGAGCCAGGACCCUUUUGAAGCCUGAAGGUGGAAGAAAAGCCUUUCAGGAAAUUAGCACUAGUGGCGGGAAAAUUCAUCAAAAGCUGACAGAGGCUCCUGGUGCUGAUUCAUGUCUCUUGCCUAAGGAGCAGCUCUUCUGGCCUGAGGGAAGGACUAGUAGCUUCCAGGGCCUUCCAAAGACCCCAGACCCAAGACUCCAAAACGCUGGCCCUGUUGCUGGGGCUCUCACCAUCUGGUGGGGACACCACCAUGAGUUUUUUGCUCCUGAAUCAUGGGGUCCUACAGUGCUAGGAAAGGCUGCUGAUGGACAGGGGACUUGGGUUUGAAUACAACUGUUCCUUCUGCUCUGUGAUCUCAGACACUUGGUGGGCCUCUCUGAUCCUCUCUGCCAGGAGGAAUUCUGACCUUGCCUGCCUUCUAGGUGACCACUACAUCUAUAAUCCUCAGCAUAUCUGGGAAAAGAAUAACUUUUCGAAGAGGGAGGAUGGAACCAUAUCCAAACAACUGUUGGUAGUGGGACCGAGGCAGCAGGGAAACAGUCUGGAUGUGGACCUCAUUCUGGUGGCACAGACUCCCUCCCACUUCCAGGGGGUUUCUUUUGGCCACAGUGUGAGGCAUGUGGGAUCUUAGCUCCCUGACCCGGGAUCGAACCGACGCCCCCUGCAGUGGAAGCAUGGAGUCUUAACCACUGGAUGGCCAAGGAAGCCGCCUCAUUUUAUGAUAUUUUGACUGGACCUUGUAUGGACUCAAGCUGUUAUCCAGUUCUUCCCUUGAUGGCCAACAUUUACAGCUGGAUUUUUAUCAAAGUCUUGGUUUAUUCUUGGUUGGCAUUUCCUGUGUCUGAGAUAGUGAGAAGAGAAAUGGAGGAAGGAGGGAACAGAUUUUUAAGACUCAAGAAGAGAGAAGAGGCAGUGCCAAAGAGAAAUUUGGCUACAGGUAUCAGGAAGCUUAAAAUGCCUGCGUCUUUUGACAGAGUGGAUCUAUUUCUGGAAACUGACCCUAAAAACACUAUCCAAAACUUUUAAGAAAAAGCCUUAAGCACCACGAUGUUCACAGAAGCCUUAUUUUAUAACAGUGAAUAAUGGGAAACAACCUAAAUAGAUGUCCGACAACAGGGGAUCAGCCAAGAUGCCAUUAGGAGUUUUAUAUGAUUACGUGGGAAAAUACUUACGCCAUAGGGUUAGGUCAUAAUGGAACAUUCAAAACUGUACAUAUAGAAUGUCAUAGCUGGGUGAAGAAAUGUGGAUAGAAAGAGGCCAAAGAAAAUAUACUGAAAUGUUAGCAGUGA